AUAGAAAGCCGCCUCCGUCUCUGUCUUCACGUCCAUUGGUCAGUGGACCUGGAGGGCGGGACCUGUCAGAUGCAACAGCUGGUUGAGGAAGUAGAGACAUCGGGCGCAGGGGGCGAUGCUGUGACAUCACAACGCCAAGGCAUCCAAUGACAGCACUCGGAUCAUGGCUGCGCAUGGGGCGCUGCACACGGUGGACCAAUGAGAAGGAAGGACAGCCAUGACGGACAGGGACGGGGCGGGAGGAGAGGGGAGUGGGCUCAGGCGGUGGUGAGACAGGUGGGGAGGGUGGAGACGGGCGGUGAGACGGGUGAUGCGUCUCCACUUCCUGUCUUCCUGUUCCCGUCCGAGCUGCUGUUCUACUCUGAGCAGAGGAGCUCCCACAGGAGAGUGAUCACUGUGUACAACCCCUACAGCUUCAGCCUGAGCUUCAAGAUGCUGUGUACAGCUCCCUCUCUCUACAGAGUGGUGGAGGCUGAGGGCAGCGUCCGGGCAAAAUCCUGUGUUGAUCUGGUGGUGCGUCACCUGGACGUGUCCCCUCGAAAUGUGGGCCGCAGGGACCGGUUCCGCCUGGAGGUGAAAGGAGGAGGCCAGGUGGGAGGACGGGAGAUCUGGGCAGAGCUGAGAGGAGGACAGGAGGGGGGAGGAGGAGGAGGAGGAGGAGAGGAUGAAGAGGAGGAGGAGAAGAAGAAGAGGAAACGAGGAGGAGGAGGAGGGGUGGAGAAGAGGACAGGAGGACAGCAGAGGGCGCUGUCUGCUCCUCUGUCUCCUCUGCUGGUGCCCACACACACACACCUGCCGCUGCCUACCUGCACAGCUGUGCGCACGGUGUCUCAGUGGGUGGUGUGUGUGGUGGUGGCGGUGCUGUGCGUCGCAGUGUUGAUGCUCCCUCUGCACACUGAGAGCAGCUCUGUGGUUCCACGCUGCCUGCACGUCUCCACCAAUCAGAAGCUGGUCUGCGCCUACACAUUGGGUCUUCUCACCAUGGUGUUUCUACGGUAACCGGUGACAUCACUCCGCCUCGCCCUCUGUCUGACUGACAGCUGCUCGACGCCGGUGACCUCUGACCUCCACACACAGACUGUGUCCAUGAAUGUAGCGUUAAUAAACUUUAUUUAAACCCUAUCUGACACACAAGGGCGUCUCAGUGGGUCUCUGGAUCAGUGGGAAUGAUCCUGUUAGUUCUGUUUGAUUGACGCUGCCACUCUGUGUUCUGAUCCGCUGGCCAGCAGGACACCAUCCUGUGCUCGGCUCCAGAGCCUGAAUAAAGGAUCCCUGCUGAUUAAA